CGGGCUGGCUGCUGCAGGCGGAGGGCGGGCGGGGACGGAGCCGCCCUCGCUCCGCGCCGCCGUGUCCCGCCGAGCAGCCCGCAGAGGGACGCGGCUCGCUCCCGCAUAAAAAAUGGCAUUUCGGAAGGCAGUGAAAGGAACUGCUCUCAUUGGAGGAGGUGCCAUAGCAACAGUUUUUGGCCUCUCUCAUUUUUCUCAGUAUAGAAACAAACACGGUGCCCUGGUGCAGGUGCAGGCUGCAGAGGCUGCUCCAGUGAGGAAGGACCAUCUCCCCACGAGGGAGCAGCAGCUGCUGGCCCUGCAGAGCGGCGAGGAGUUCGACGUGCUGGUCAUCGGCGGGGGAGCCACGGGCUGCGGCUGCGCCCUGGAUGCAGCCACCAGAGGACUAAAAACAGCCCUUCUAGAAAGAGAUGAUUUCUCAUCGGGGACCAGCAGCAGGAGCACUAAAUUGAUCCAUGGUGGAGUGAGGUACCUGCAGAAGGCCAUCAUGAAGCUGGAUUUCGAGCAGUACAGGAUGGUGAAGGAGGCUCUGGAGGAGCGUGCCCACCUGCUGCAGAGUGCACCCCACCUCUCGGCCCCGCUGCCCAUCAUGCUGCCCAUCUACAAGUGGUGGCAGCUGCCUUACUACUGGAUUGGGAUCAAGCUGUAUGACCUGGUGGCAGGCAGCCAGUGCCUGAAGAGCAGCUACGUGCUGACCAAGGCCCGGGCCCUGGAGCUGUUCCCCAUGCUGCGCCGGGACAAGCUGGUGGGAGCCAUUGUCUACUACGACGGCCAGCACAACGACGCGCGCAUGAACCUGGCCAUCGCCCUGACCGCCGCCCGCUACGGCGCCGCCGCCGCCAACUACACCGAGGUGCUGCGGCUGCUCAAGGGCCCCGAGAGCGGCCGCGUCUGCGGCGUGCGCUGCAGGGACGUGCUCACAGGCAAGGAGUUCGAUGUCAGAGCCAAGUGUGUUAUCAAUGCCACGGGACCUUUCACAGACUCGGUGCGCAAAAUGGAUGAUCAGGAGGUGCCCAACAUCUGCCAGCCCAGCGCAGGCGUGCACAUCGUGAUGCCUGGGUACUACAGCCCUGACAACAUGGGGCUGCUGGACCCGGCCACCAGCGACGGCAGAGUGAUCUUCUUCCUGCCCUGGGAGAAGAUGACGAUCGCGGGGACCACGGACAGCCCCACGGACGUCACCUCCCACCCCAUCCCCACGGAGGAGGACAUCAACUUCAUCCUGUGCGAAGUGCGCAACUACCUGGGCCCCGACGUGGAAGUGAGAAGAGGAGACGUGCUGGCAGCCUGGAGUGGCAUCCGGCCCCUGGUCACCAACCCCGACUCCAAGGACACCCAGUCCUUGUCCCGGAACCACGUCGUGACCAUCAGCGACAGCGGCCUCGUCACCAUUGCAGGCGGGAAGUGGACAACCUACCGUGCCAUGGCCCGGGACACCAUCGACGCGGCCGUGCGCGAGCACGGGCUGCAGGCAGGCUCCUGCAGAACCAUGGGGCUGCAGCUGGAGGGGGCCCAGGACUGGAGCCCCACGCUCUACAUCCGACUGGUCCAGGACUACGGGCUGGAGAGCGAGGUGGCUCAGCACCUGGCUUCCACCUACGGGGACAAGGCUUUUGAGGUGGCCAAAAUAGCCCAGGUGACGGGGAAGAGGUGGCCCAUUGUUGGGAAACGUCUGGUAUCUGAAUUUCCUUACAUCGAGGCUGAGGUGGUGUACGGGGUGCGGGAGUACGCGCGCACGGCCGUGGACAUCAUCUCGCGGCGCACCCGCCUGGCCUUCCUCAACGUGCAGGCGGCCGACGAGGCCCUGCCCCGCAUCGUGGACAUCAUGGGCAAGGAGCUCGGCUGGUGCGAGCAGAAGAAGAAGGAAGAGCUUGAAACGGCUAAAACAUUCCUGUACUAUGAGAUGGGCUACAAGGUGAAAACAGAUCAGUUAACAGAUCAGUCUGAGAUCAGCCUGGUGCCUUCGGAUAUCGAGAGGUACAAGAAGCGCUUCCGCAUGUUUGACAAGGACAAGAAGGGCUUCAUCACCAUCCUGGACGUGCAGCGCGUGCUGCAGAGCAUCAGCGUGCAGAUGGACGAGAACACCCUGCACGAGAUCCUCAACGAGGUGGAUCUCAACAAAAACGGGCAGGUGGAGCUCAACGAGUUCCUGCAGCUGAUGAGUGCCAUCCAGAAGGGCCGCGUGUCGGGCAGCAGGCUGGCCGUGCUGAUGAAGAGGGCCGAGGAGAACCUGCGCCGCCAGGCCAUCCCCGUGGACCGCAGCGGCGGCGGGCUCUGAGCCCGGUGUGUCCCCAGGGACUGCCCGGUGUGUCCCCAGGGACUGCCCGGUGUGUCCCCGGUGUCCCCAGGGACUGCCCGGUGUGUCCCCAGGGACUGCCCGGAGUGUCCCCAGGCUGCCCGGUGUGUCCCCAGUGUCCCCAGGGACUGCCCGGUGUGUCCCCGGUGUCCCCAGGGACUGCCCGGUGUGUCCCCAGGGACUGCCCGGUGUGUCCCCAGGGACUGCCGGUGUGUCCCCAGUGUCCUCAGGGACUGCCCGGUGUGUCCCCAGGGACUGCCCGGUGUGUCCCCAGUGUCCUCAGGGACUCCCGGUGUGUCCCCGGGGACUCCCGGUGUGUCCCCAGGCUGCCCGGUGUGUCCUGCCCGGUGUGUCCUGCCCGGUGUGUCCUGCCCGGCGGUUCCCCGUGCCUCCUGUCCUGGCAGCACUCAGGAGCUCUGGGCACCCUGGGCACGCCCUGUCCCGGCCAUGCCCGGGCUCCACCUUCACCCUGGGUGCUCAGAGGCAAUCCUGCCCUUAAACCUCUCUGAGCUGCUCCUGCCUCUGCAAGGAGCAGCAAGGGGGGAAAGCUGUGUCCUGGAGUGGAGACGCCGUUCCAGAGGAGCACUUCCCGGGGUGAGGGUGAUGGAGACCUGUCCUGAGCCUGCUGUGCCUGCUAUUUGCCCUGUUGCUCCAGUGCUGCCAGCACUUGGCCUCUCAGAAAUUCCAGCUGGAAAACAAGACACCUGCAUUAAUCACCCGAGGUAAUAAUGUAGCUGAAAGCUGGGCACAGCUUCCCUUCUCCCCUGUUAACACAAAUAAACUGCCUCUAAUAAAUGGCAUUGUCUGCAGGUGGUGCUUUGUGCAGUCAAAUAAAGGCAAAAGGUGUCUUAUGCUAAAAAGAGCUUCAAGCUUGGGUCAAACCCUGAUGGGGCAGGUUUUGGUAGCACAACGUUGUUAAAUAUUACCUUAAAAAUGCUCAGAUACGGUAAAAAAAGCAAAGUGUAUGUCUUGCAUCCUACUAACUUUUCCAGAAGAAAACGGCUGUUUUUCAGCAGGCUCGAUGGAAAAGCAAAGCCUGGAGCCCUCAGUGGAGCUGUUGCAGCACUGCUGUACCUGCCUGGUGCCCUCCUGCUGCUGGCUUGGGCUGAGAUCAGCUGGGAGGUUGUAGAACAAGGCAGUGAAACCUGGUUUUCUGCUGGAUUUGGCAUCUGCUGUAUUCCCUGAGUAGAGCAAUUUCCACCUCAAACCGAGCUUCACUUCCCAGGAGUCGGAAUUUCUGCUGAAGUAAAAUUUGAUGUAUUUAACUGGUAUCAGCACGUCCACUGAUGGAAAAUAACAUCCAUCAGGGGUGCCCAACAGGGCAGGAGUGAACAGCAAAGAUUCCUUGGAUAUUUUAACGGGGAAAAUGGCUCCAGGCACAAAUGGAGAUGCUGAGCAGUGGUGGGGUACAGCAGUGAGUGCAGAUACUGUCUUGGGCUGCAGAAGCAGAGCCCUUAAAAAAAAAAAACAUUAAACAUUCAGAUGUUGAAAAACAGUAGAUACAAAAGAAAAGGGUAAAACUCACCUAAAAUGAGUUCCUAAAACAGUUCAAUGGGUUUUGCAUGUUCAGUUUGCUUUUUGCUGCAGAUGUUGUUCAGGUUCUGGCUCUGUGCUUCGAGCAGGGGCUGGGGAAGGGGGAGUUGGCACAUCUGACACCACGAGGAUGUUUUAAUGGACAAAGGGCUUUGUUCCUGUGGUCCUGCAGGCUUUUCCUUUUGAGCUCUGUUCCAGAAUGUUCAGGUGAAGGAUGGAAUGUUUGUGUUCAAAGCACAGUAACAGCUUUCACCUGUCCUGCAGAAUGGAGGGAAGUGGAUGUAUAGCACACGGUAAUUUUGGCUCAGUGGGCGAGGGAAGGGGUUCAGGAGUCUACUGUUAACAGAAGUGUAAGGGGAAAAAAACAAAGUAAAAGUCAUGAGACCUUCUCCAGGCCAAGUGAAGAAAAAAUAUUUCCAAUGUUGAACAGGCUUUUUGUAAAGAAAAAAUAUUUUCACUAUUGAACAGUUUUUGUACAGUUUAAAGAAAAGUUCUCCACUCCUCUCUAACUGGCAUUGUUAAACCUGAAUUUACCUGGAAAGCAGGAUUUCUGUGUUGUACCCAAAGUAUGUUCUUUGUUCUCUUGUUUUGCUAAUCUUGCAUCUGGAAUGUGGCUGUGGGUUCUCCCAACUGUGUGUGUCCCUGGACAUGGAUUUGCUUUGUGUGUCAGGCUUGUGUCAGCUCCUGCUCCCCCAGCAGUGCAGGAAAGCUCCCAGUGUUUAUUUAUCCCCUGGCUCUGUCUGCAGGAGCGCUGCCUUUGCUCUGUGGGGUCUCCAUGUGGAUGUUCUGUGGCAAGAGCUGCAUGCUGUCACUGGCUUGCUGUGCUGAUCUGGGAUGGAAAAACAAAUGGGACUGUGUGCGUGAAGGUUUCUGGAUUUUCUGUGGGUAUUUUGUGCUGUAAAUAAGGUGCCCCUGUGGGGAGGGGGAUCCAUGCAGUAUCUGGGUGUGUAUAAAUACGUGGACAGACACACUGCAGCUUCCCACGUGGCACUUGUUGUCAGGUUCCUCUUGCAGCCCGGGCUGUUCAAGGCUGUGUUUGAAGCUGGGUUGUCAUUUUUACAAUGUCUCGGUGUUUUCCUGCCAUUAUUUAUUACCUUUGAUAUCUGGAAUGAGCCGCAUGCGUUUAUUGAGCAAUAAGAGGAUGUAUUUAAUGUGCCUUGUUUUUAACUAAGGACUGGAAGCAUGACUCAAUAAAAGUGGCUAAAAAAGCUC